AUGACAGAGUCACCCGAUUACCUGCUGGACGGCAGUCCGCUCAUCAGCGCCGCUCAGCUGGGCAAACUGCGCUUGGCCCGUCUGCUGGUGGAAGGAGGCGCGCAGGUCAACGAGAGGAACCAGCGAGGAGAGACGCCGCUUCUGGCCGCCUGUCGAGCCCUGCGGGGCGACCAAUCCGGAUCCAGCAUGCUCAGACUCAUUCAGUUUCUCCUCAGCAACCAGGCCGACCCCAACAUCCAGGACAAGACGGGCCGCACGGCUCUGAUGUACGCCUGCAUGGAGCGGGCCGGGCCCGACGUGGCGUCGGCUCUGGUCGCGGCGGGCGCCGAUCCCAGCAUGGAGGACUACGCCGGAGCCUCGGCCCUGGUUUACGCCAUUAACGCCCACGAUCAGGACACGCUGACGGUGCUGCUGGACGCCUGCAGAGCCCGAGGACGAGACAUCAUCAUCAUAGCCACCGAUCUGAGCUGCGACGGCAGCAGCGUGACCCGCCGAUACCUGAACGUCCCUCCUUCGCCCGACACCUCGCCCGUCUCCUGCAUGUCGCCCUCCGACAUCGAGCUCAAGACCAACUCUCCCAACUCCGAGAGCGAGAACAUCUUUAACUUUCGAGGAGGCGGGCAGGCGUCUCCCGUCCUUUCGAGGAGCGAGACUCGCUAUCGGCAGCGUUUGCGCUCAGAGCCUUGGCUGGCCAUCCAAAACCUGGCGCAUCUCAGCCAGACCUACGAGAAAAACACAGAAGAGGACGGAUGUUCACUCAACACCUGUGAGUUGGAAAAAACUGAUUUCAAGUUUAAACCCGAAAGCAGGAACCCGUCAGAGCGUCUGCAGAGCAGAAGAAACACGCUACCGGAUCUUCUUCAGCCGCCGGCCCUCAAACUCACGCUCUCCGGAUCGGAUACUCACCUACACCAGGACCCCAGCGCCUUGAGGUUCCCCUCCAUAUACAGGAGCAGUUCGCUCUUCCUGGCGCCUCCUGACGGGCUCCACGACCUCCGUACGGUGAACAGAAAGAAGGCGAAAGAGCAGUCGAGAGCUCACAGCGGCUUCUUGCCUCCUCUUCCCAGCUUUUCCGUGAGGAGAGAUCCGAUCCCGGCCUCGCCUCCUCUCAGACGGGAAGCUCACGGUUCGUCGCGCCCUCACUCGAUCCAGCUCGAGCAAAUGAGACCGACGGGAAGCUCCGAGACGCUUUACCUUUGUCAAAUGCCUUCUAAUAAAACUGAGACAAUUAAAUAUCAUUAACACACUCUUUUAAGAGAAAUAAAUAAGAGAACAGACGGUAGUAUGUACUUCUCAGCUUUUGUUAAAAAAAUAAAGCCAAUUAAAUCACUUGAACACUGUGUUAGGAAGAGAAAUAGUUAGGAAAAUCUUGUUUUAUUUCUGGUUGGGUGUUAUUAAUAAAACCAUUUUCCAUCUGAAAACAGUUUAAUCAGAUCUUUGUGUUUAACUUCUCAGCUUUUGUUCAUAAAGCCACUAAGAAGAAAAAUUAAUUAAAGAAUAAUAUUAUUAAAAAAAAUCAUUUUAUUGUUGUUUUAAAAAAGCAUUUUGCAGAUGACAACAGUUCAAAUUUACUAAACAAGAAGAACCUGUGAAAUGCUGUUUUAGAACGAAUUAAAGAAUAAAGAAAAAAAAAAAAAG